AUGGAGGAUAUAAGCUUAUUUUUCGACUUUGACCAGGAGGGCAAUGCAGACUUUGCCUUUUGGGAACAAGUGGACCAGAACUUCCAGUGCCAGUCCCAGUUGGAUUCCCUCCUGAUGGACUGCACCGCGGCCAGCGGCCAGUUGUCCCCUUGGUCUUCUUUCGGUUGUCAAUCAGCAUUUCCUGACUCUCAGUUGAUUUUUACCGACCUCGACGUCCAUUCACCAGACGUGAGCAUCUACGCUGAGGGCGAAAGCUCCCCUGAUGAUGAAGCUCUGGAGGUGACUAAGCGCAGGACGCGCAGGCUGGACUCGCAUCAGCCCUACAAGGUGCAGCGGCAUGCAGCCAACAUCCGGGAGAGGAAGAGGAUGCUGAGCAUCAAUUCUGCCUUCGAAGAGCUCCGCUGUCACGUCCCGACGUUUCCCUACGAGAAGCGGCUGUCCAAGAUUGAUACUCUGAGACUGGCCAUAGCAUACAUCGCACUUCUGAGAGAGAUCCUCGUGUCAGGCUGCGACCCCAAAGCUUACGUGGACGAGUGCAUGAAGAACGGCUACAAGAAUCAGACCAACGCCAUCUGGAAUACAAGUGAUCUGACAGCCCGCCUCUCUUGGAUAAAGUGGGAUUAA